AUGAAUGCAUGUAAAAUUACGGGGUUCUUCGUGGCAGCGAAGGCUGUCCAAUAUCUCAUUGUGUUCUGUACUCCUGUGGAUCAAUUUGAUACCUCGACUAAGCUUUUUCUAGCACAAUAUGUUGCCGAAAAGGAGAUUGAAACUUGGAUAAAUGUGCGCUUCUGGAACAAGCUCUUAGCAUGGGACGCUGUCUUCUUUCUGAAAACUGCAAUGACCAAUGCGAGACCAGAGUUUGAGCACGAAAAUGCGUUUUCCAGCCUGUGGUCCCUGAUAUUGAGGAGCGCCUCUCGAGACAGCACGAACAUUUAUACCAUACUGAAAACCGGUGUCAUUAUCGAGAAUCUCCUUCACUAUGGGGCUGCCGCGCUCUUAUACCAAUUGACUCUCAAAACUUUUGAAUCGAAUGUUUUGAAAUCUCACCACAUUCAUAAUUUGGCCAAGCUCUCUACUAUUCUCUUCAUUGCAAGCAGUGCCGCAGGUUUUUGCUUGGGGGUUUAUUCAGAGCCCUUGUCGACAUUCUUUACACUUUUAGGAAUGAUUUGUCGCGAACGCACAAUCCAUUUCGACGUUUAUGGCAACUUGAGAAUAUGCUGGUUGAAAUGGCCAUUGUAUGCCAUCUUUUCUACGGCUUGCUUCACUGUGGCAUUUAUUAACAGACCUAUCUGUAUUAUACUGGGCUCUUAUUACCUAUUCGAUCUGUUUUAUCUUAUAAAAGCAAGGCAAUAUAAACAAGCGAUGUUCAUGCCGUGCGUCAGCGGUUGCUGUAUGUUCGUUAUCUUUCUUUAUCACCAAUACUACCUGCCAUUCCAGGUAUAUUGUCCAGAGAGGGGAGAGUGGUGUCUAAAUACAAUUUUUGACCUGCCAGUAAGUUAUAGAUCCUUGUACUCUUAUAUUCAAGAUUACUACUGGAACAAUGGAAUACUGCGCUACUGGACACUGAACAAUAUCCCUAAUUUCCUUUUUGCAUUGCCCAAUGUUGUUGUUAUGUGGUAUGCCACGGUUUACUUUUCACACCAAUACCCCUGCUUUAAUUUGAAAUCGUUAGUGUUUAUGAGUAGAGUCUUCCUCAUCAUCAUGGCUUUUUUUGCCCACACGCAAGUUAUCAACAGAGUCUCAACUUUCAUUCCAUUACAUUUAUGGUACGUGGCUGACCGCAUCAAUAAACUAUACCAAGGCAAAGACACACCAAUGAAAGGUGAUGACAAGCUCAUCAGAUACUAUGUUGGCUGGUUAUUAUUUUGGAUUCCUUUACAAACUGCAUUGUAUGCCUCUUUUCUUCCACCGGCCUGA